GUAUCCGCCCGCAGAUCAUGAACGGCCCCAUGCACCCGCGGCCCCUCGUGGCCCUGCUGGACGGCCGGGACUGCACCGUGGAGAUGCCCAUCCUGAAGGACCUGGCCACGGUGGCCUUCUGUGACGCACAGUCCACCCAGGAGAUCCACGAGAAGGUGCUGAACGAGGCCGUGGGGGCCAUGAUGUACCACACCAUCACCCUCACCCGCGAGGACCUGGAGAAGUUCAAGGCCUUGCGGGUCAUCGUGCGAAUAGGCAGCGGCUACGACAACAUCGACAUCAAGGCUGCGGGGGAGCUGGGGAUUGCUGUCUGCAACAUCCCGUCGGCAGCCGUGGAGGAGACGGCGGAUUCCACCAUCUGCCACGUGCUCAACCUCUACCGGCGGAACACGUGGCUCUACCAGGCGCUGCGAGAAGGCACCCGCGUGCAGAGUGUGGAGCAGAUCCGCGAGGUGGCCUCCGGGGCAGCCCGGAUCAGAGGAGAAACCCUCGGCCUCAUUGGGUUUGGUCGCACGGCGCAGGCGGUGGCGGUGCGCGCCAAGGCGUUCGGCUUCAACGUGCUCUUCUACGACCCGUACCUGCAGGACGGCAUCGAGCGGUCCCUGGGGGUGCAGCGGGUCUACACGCUGCAGGACCUGCUCUACCAGAGCGACUGCGUCUCCUUGCACUGCAACCUCAACGAGCACAACCACCACCUGAUCAACGACUUUUUCGCUCAAGGCCCCUUGAAAGACGCUCCCAAUUUAAUCUGCACCCCGCACACGGCCUGGUACAGCGAGCAGGCGUCGCUGGAGAUGCGCGAGGCCGCUGCCACCGAGAUCCGCCGGGCCAUCACAGGUAGUUUCGCUCAAGGCCCCUUGAAAGACGCUCCCAAUUUAAUCUGCACCCCGCACACGGCCUGGUACAGCGAGCAGGCGUCGCUGGAGAUGCGCGAGGCCGCUGCCACCGAGAUCCGCCGGGCCAUCACAGGUCGCAUCCCCGACAGCCUCAGGAACUGCGUGAACAAGGAGUUCUUUGUCACGACAGCGCCCUGGUCCGUGCUCGACCAGCAGGCGAUCCAUCCGGAGCUCAAUGGUGCCACAUACAGGUACCCGCCCGGCAUGGUGAGCGUGGCGCCGGGAGGGAUCCCGGCCGCGAUGGAGGGCAUCAUUCCCGGCGGCAUCCCCGUCACUCACAACCUUCCCACCGUGGCACAUCCUUCCCAAGCGCCGUCGCCCAACCAGCCCACGAAACACGGGGACAACAGGGAACAUCCCAACGAGCAAUAGCAGAUAAUUUAAAAAUACAUAAAAACCAUUCAAUAAACUCGGGACCAAGAGACGUUGGAAAA